AUGGCACUUGUAAAUUAUGAGAGUUCCGGAGGUGAAUCGACUGAUUCUGAACCCGAAUUGCGCUCUACCAAUACCGUUUCGGACUCUAGAUUCGUUUCCACAGCAACGGAUAAAGUUGAACCAGAGUAUAAAAUGCGUAUGCCUAUGAGUGCAAAACAGCCCAGCUUGCUUCCCAGCUUCACUUCUUUGAAGUUGAAGACUGGGAAAGUGUUGGUUUCCGUUCCCGUUUUGGAGGGCCUUGAUUCAUCUUCCAGCGAAAGUGAUGCUGACUCCUCGAAGGCGAGCGGUCCUACACGUACACAGCGACCGAAGAAGGGAUCAAACCACCCAUCGGUUCAGCAAGGUGGAGGCCUUUUGACUAUAUUACCACCCGUUCGAUCAGCGACCAUUCGGGAUGGGGUAAAACCUUCUCUAAUGGUUCCUCAUCAACUAGCGUCCAAUGUGAACGCAGAUGAGGACUGGGAUCUCGUACACACAAAUAACGAUAAUGACACAGACUCGGAAGAUGGCGCUGAAGCUUCCACCUUCUUUUCUUUUGAUCAGCCGCCACAAGAGGAUCCACAAGCGGUUGCUGGUGUAAGAGCAGCGGCAGCAACCCGUGUUCUACGAUCUCUAGUGCCUUCCCCUCCACUAAGCGAGGUACCGAGUGAACCCACCUUAACUGAUACAGCUGUGGAUGGAUUCCAACGGUCAGUGCCGCCUCGCGUCGAAGCGCCGCUCUGUACCAUUGACCCGAAGGUGUUGAGUAUGAUAGAUGUGCCGCAGAAAGCGUCCGUGAUGGCUGGUGAUGAUUCUGACGACGUUCCCGUUGAACCACAAUACUGGACGGAGGACACAUUCGUUCCAGGUCCUGAACGUAAACGGGCCAGACUAAAUCUACCGGGUACCCGAGCUCUACCCGUGGCUGAUCUGUUGAGCACUUCCAAUCAAGUCAUUCGCGAAGUGAAGCAAGCUGAUUUGACUGCUGGCGCUGACGUAGCGUUGAUCAAAUCAGUCACCUCUGAUGAGUCACAGUACGUCUCACGCAGUUCCACCGAUGAUCCUGGCAAAUUGGCCCACCGGAAGCAUCAGAUUACUUGGUUAGCACAUCAGGCUCAAGAGAAAGAAAUGGAGUUGGAGAAACGGUGGUCCGAAGCACGCCAUAACAAGGCAUCUAACCGGGCAAAAUACGGCUUCUGA